AUGUCCGUUUGCCGGACUUCGUACGCCAUUUGGCUAGCACUUUGUUACUUUGUGUCCCAUUCCAAUGCUAUUCUCCGUACAUACAACUUGACGGUGCAUAAUGACGUUAAAGCUCCGGAUGGUGUCAGCCGCGAAGUCUUUCUGAUCAAUGGCCAGCUACCGGGGCCGCUAGUCGAGGCAGACGAAGGCGACGAUCUGGAAAUCUUUGUCAAGAACGAGCUCCCCGUUGAUACUUCUAUUCACUGGCACGGGAUUUUACAACGGGGAAGUCCCGAUAUGGAUGGAGUGCCUGGUGUCACUCAGUAUCCCAUACCUCCUGGCGGUAACUUCACGUACAAAUUCUCGGUCAAAGAUCAGUAUGGCUUCUUCUGGUAUCAUUCCCACGUUAGAGCAUACUACAAUGACGGCAUAAGAGGGCCACUCUUGAUACGGCCAUCCCCCCAAAGAUUGCGGCCUUUUGAAAAGCUUGCUCAUAGCUCACACGAGCGCGAUGUCAUUCUGCAGACGGAGAGGGACGCCACAUCCAUUCUUUUGAGUGACUGGACGCAUGAGCUUUCGGACACCAUUUACGCUCGAUACUUUGAGACAGGCGCUUUUCCAAACUGCGUCGACAGCAUCCUUGCUAAUGGAUUUGGGAGGGUUGAGUGUUUACCGGAGUAUAUGCUUCAGGCAGGACCCAAUAUGGGAUAUGAAGAUAUGAACCAGCCUUCUUCAUCAAUGAUGACGAUGUCAAUGGCAAAGCGAAUGGAAAUGGACAUGGACAUGGAAAUGAGCAUGGACGCAUCCGCCACAUCUUCUCAGAUGUCAACAGGUACAAUGGCUACGGAUACGACCAUGGAUACGAUCAUGUCUAGCACUACUAUGUCCGCAAUGCCGAUGUCAGCUACAAUGACAAUGCCGGACAUGUCACCGUCCAUGACUUCAUUGAGUCCCCGUGGCUGUAUGCCGCCGAUGAUGUUUAAACAAGGUUACAAUGCCAGUUCACUGCCACCUGAGACCUGCACCAAUACCUCUUCGUCCUUGCUCACCAUCCCUGCGGAUCACACGCGUGGUUGGCUCGCCCUGAAUUUGGUCAACUCCGGUGCAGUCAGCAAAUUACAUGUGUCUCUGGAUGCACACUCCAUGUUUAUCUAUGCUGCCGACGGAUUGUAUGUGGAAAUACAGGAGGUGAAGGUGAGAUACCUUGGAAGAGCAUACGUUACAUCCCCUAGCCUGGGCUCAGCACACGUCAUUUUAGGUCCUAGAAAUAGAGAUCGGCCAACGGUACUCAGUUAUGAUUCGACUUGA